AUGUAUCACAGUGUCGGUGCACGCCGCCUACUCUACCGUUCUCAAAUAUCCUACUACGUUAAAGCUGGUCUCAUCGACACUGCAAUCCAACUGUUCGACCAAAUGUCUCAAUCAAAUUGUCGUCCUUUCAGCAUCGACUACAACCGUUUCAUCGGCGUUCUCAUUCGCCACUCUCACCUCGACCUCGCUCAAAGCUACUACCACCGCCACGUCAUCCCUAAUGGUUUCUCACUAUCCCCUUUCACCUACUCUCGCUUCAUCUCCGCUCUUUGUUCCGUCAAAAACUUCCCCCUCAUUGAUUCUCUCCUUAGUGAUAUGGAUGCUCUCGGCUAUGUUCCUGAUAUUUGGGCUUUUAAUAUCUACCUCAACAUUCUCUGCCGUGAAAAUCAGUUAGAAACGGCUCUUCAGUUUUUUCGCGCAAUGCGGUUGAAGGGAAGAGAGCCUGAUGUUGUUUCGUAUACUAUUAUUGUUGACGCGUUGUGUAAAGCUAAAAGAUUUGAUGAAGUUGCUCGUGUUUGGCGUGGUUUGAUUGAGAGUGGGUUGAAGCCUGAUUUGAAGGCGUGUGCUGCACUUGUUGUUGGUUUGUGUGGUGUUGGUAAUGUUGAUUUAGCUUAUGAGCUUGUUGUUGGUGUGAUCAGUGGUGGUGUAAAGGUUAAUUCUUUGGUUUAUAAUGCUUUGAUUAGUGGGUUUUGUAAGAUGGGUAGGAAUGAUAAGGCUUUGGCGAUUAAAGGGUUUAUGAGUAGGAAUGGGUGUGAGCCGGAUUUGGUUACUUAUAAUAUUUUGUUGAAUUAUUGUUGUGAUGAGGUUAUGCUUGACGAGGCCGUGAGGUUGGUGGAGACUAUGGAGAGGAGUGGUGUGGGGCCUGAUGUGUAUAGUUAUAAUGAGUUGCUUAAGGGAUUUUGUAAGGCUAAUCAGUUGGAUAGGGCUUAUUUGACUAUGGUCAAGAGGAUGCAGAGUAAAGGAGUAUGCGAUGUUGUUUCUUACAAUACUAUUAUUGCGGCUUUUUGUAAGGCGCGGAGGACUGAGAGAGCUUACGAGUUGUUUGAGGAAAUGCGUAGGAAAGGGAUUCAGCCGGACGUGAUAACAUUCACAGUACUUAUAGAAGCGUUUUUUAGGGAAGGUAGUUUUGAUAUUGCCAAAAAGCUUCUUGAUCGAAUGACGGAAAUGGGGAUUGUUCCUGACGUAAUUUUCUAUACCACAAUAUUUGAUCAUCUGUGCAAGUCCGGGAAUAUUGAUAGGGCUCAUGUUGUUUUUUCUGACAUGGUGGAGAAUGGAGUAAGUCCAGAUGUGGUCUCAUACAAUGCACUCAUAAAUGGGUUUUGCAAGUCUGCUAAAGUUAUGGACGCCAUGCGGCUAUACGAAGAAAUGCAGGUUAAAGGAUUAUGCCCAGAUGAGGUUACUUUCAAGUUGGUAGUUGGAGGGCUCAUUAAGGGAAACAAGCUUUCAGAGGCCUGCAGGGUUUGGGAUCAGAUGAUGGAAAAAGGAUUUACACUUGACAGAGAUCUCUCUGAGAUUCUAGUCAAUGCCAUUCAGUCAAGAGAUGGCACAUGA